UGCAAGUUAAUUUAGUAGGUCAGGAGGUACCGAAUCAGAGACCCACCAUGCAAAGAUCCAUUCAUUUAUAUGAAGCAGCGCUGAAUCUGCUCGACAUGAAACAGUGAAGAAGAGUUGAACUGUUAAUAGACCAUAUCUAUACAGCUAUGCCAUACUUUUUAAGGAGAUAAAGGCAUUUCAACAAAUACACAAAAGUCACUUACCCAUCUCUCACUUUCGUUAAUUAAAUAAAUAAAAUAAAGAGGGAAAGAAAAAAAAAAGGGUCUCUCUCUCUCUUCACCCUCUAGCUCACUUCUUCUCUCUUGCCAUAAACAAAUGAAAAAACAGCAUCCAAAUUCCAUGUCUCUCUGCACAAACAUCAUGGCUUAGCUGUUCUUGGAUCCGGAGAUUCUGGGUCUCUGAACUCAUAUUUAAAUUUAGCCCACAAGACAUGGUUUGGUUUCUCUCCGUAUUUCUUCUCUUCCUGUCUCCACUUGCGCAUCCUCUUCUCCCUCCCUCGCCCAGGAGUUGAGAGAGACUUUAGUGUAGUACUGAUGCCUGUAAAUUCAUGGAACCUCUUUUCCUUCCUCCUCUUCUCCUUCUCUCUAUCCAUUUCUACGUCUUUCAUGGCUUUCGCCGUCAACGAACAAGGUCAAGCACUGCUUUCGUGGAAGAGAAGCUUGAACGGGUCGCUGGAGGUCUUGACUGAUUGGGACCCAAGUGACGAAAGCCCCUGUAAUUGGUCCGGGAUAUCCUGCAACAAUAACAACCAGGUCGUGGAAUUGGAGCUGAGGUAUGUAGAUUUGCUCGGCCAUGUUCCUUCCAACUUAUCCUCAUUGAACUCAUUGCAGAAGCUCGUUCUGUCGGGGACGAACCUUACUGGUUCCAUCCCUAAAGAGCUAGGCAGCCUUAGUGAAUUGAGUUACUUGGACUUGAGUGACAACGCCUUAACAGGCGAAAUACCCAGUGAGGUUUGCAGCCUGACUAAGCUUGAAACGCUCUAUCUCAAUUCCAAUCGGCUCGAGGGUUCAAUCCCGAUCGAAAUCGGGAACCUUUCGAGCUUGACAUGGUUGAUUCUGUAUGACAAUCAGCUCAGCGGUAAAAUCCCCAGUACCAUAGGGAGCUUGAAGAAACUAGAAGUACUCAGGGCCGGUGGAAACAAGAAUCUCCAAGGUCCACUUCCUCAAGAGAUUGGGAACUGUAGCAAUUUGGUAAUGUUAGGCCUUGCUGAGACAAGCAUGUCAGGAUUUCUUCCUCCUACGCUCGGGCUCCUCAAGAGACUGCAAACGUUGGCCAUCUACACCGCUCUCCUCUCAGGCCAGAUCCCACCUGAGCUUGGCGACUGUACCGAGCUGCAAAACAUCUACUUGUACGAGAACGAUCUAAGUGGCUCUGUUCCAGCCCAGUUGGGAAAUCUGCGCAAUCUCAGCAAUCUACUGCUGUGGCAGAACAAUUUAAUCGGCGUAAUUCCUCCGGAGCUCGGGAACUGCAAGCAAUUAUUGGUUGUCGACAUUUCGCUGAAUUCGAUCACAGGGAGCAUUCCUCAAACAUUUGGAAACUUGAGUUCAUUGCAGGAGUUGCAAUUGAGUUUCAACCAAAUAUCUGGCCGGAUCCCAACGGAGAUGGGGAAUUGCCAGAGUCUCACUCACAUCGGACUCGAUAACAAUCAAAUCACUGGCACCAUUCCAUCCGAAUUCGGACGGCUUGUGAAUCUCACAUUGUUGUUCUUGUGGGCUAACAAGCUCGAGGGGAGUAUACCGACUUCAAUUUCGCUCUGCAAGAAUCUCGAAGCCGUUGAUUUAUCUCAAAACAGUCUAACGGGUCCGAUUCCAAGAGGAAUCUUUGAGUUGCAGAAUCUAAACAAGCUGCUGCUACUGUCGAACAAUCUCUCAGGCCAAAUUCCACCCGAGAUUGGGAAAUGCACGUCGUUAAUCCGAUUCAGAGCCAAUGGCAACAAGAUUACCGGUCCUAUUCCGCCAGAAAUCGGGAAGCUGCGCAAUUUGAGUUUCUUAGACCUCGGUUCGAAUCGUUUGACGGGGGUCAUACCGUCGGAGAUAUCAGGUUGCCAGAACCUGACAUUCCUCGACUUACAUUCCAACUCUUUCACAGGCAACCUGCCUACCGAUUUCAACCGGCUCGUUUCACUUCAAUAUGUUGACGUCUCCGACAACUUGAUAGAAGGAGAGUUGAAUCCAAAUCUUGGAUCGCUGACGUCGCUCAGCAAACUCAUCCUUGGAAAGAACCGGUUUUCAGGUUCAAUCCCGUCACAGCUCGGCUCGUGUACGAAACUACAGCUCCUUGACUUGGGCAGGAACCAACUCAUAGGAGAGAUUCCACCGAGCCUGGGCAAAAUUCCGGCGCUAGAGAUAGCUUUAAAUCUUAGCUGGAAUGAGCUUUCUGGCAAGAUCCCAGAGGAGCUCUCCGGAUUAGAUAAGCUCGGAAUCCUCGACCUCUCCCACAACCAGCUCACCGGCGAUCUUCAGUUCCUUGCGGCUCUCCAGAACCUCGUGGCGCUUAAUAUCUCUUACAACAAUUUCUCGGGGCGUAUACCGUACACACCAUUCUUCACCAAGCUACCGCUAAGCAACCUCGAGGGGAACCCGUCUCUCUGCCUCUCCGGCAACCACUGUGCCGCCGAUACUCGGGGCGAAGCGGCCCGACACGCCGCUGCUGCAGCUAGAGUUGCAAUGGUGGUGCUUCUAUGCGCCGCAUGCGCGUUGCUCCUGGCAGCUCUGUUUAUCAUCCUGAGAGGCAGAAAGCGCCGGCAUAGUUUCAGUGGAGCCCACGAGUGUGAUAUUGAUGGUGACGAGGACUUAGAGAUGGGACCACACUGGGAGGUGACGCUUUACCAGAAGCUCGACCUGUCUAUUGUUGACGUGGUAAGGUGCAUGACCGCUGCCAACGUCAUAGGGAAGGGCCGCUCAGGCGUCGUUUACAGAGCCACCAUUCCUUCGGGGUUAACAAUAGCAGUUAAGAGAUUCCGGUCGUCGGAGAAGUUCUCGGCGUCCGCUUUCUCGUCGGAGAUCGCCACGCUGGCACGUAUACGACACAGGAAUAUAGUACGGCUGUUGGGUUGGGGCGCUAAUCGAAAGACGAAGCUGCUUUUCUACGACUAUCUACCGAACGGGACGGUGGCAGCGUUGUUGCACGACGGACACUCGGGACUGGUUGAGUGGGAGACGCGGUUCAAUAUAGCGUUGGGCGUGGCGGAAGGGUUGGCCUACCUGCACCACGACUGUGUUCCGGCUAUCCUGCACCGGGAUGUGAAAACCCAGAAUAUACUAUUGGGGGACAGAUACGAGGCUUGUUUAGCGGACUUCGGACUUGCUAGGCUCCUUGAAGACGAAAAUGGCUCCUUUUCCGCAAACCCGCCGCAGUUCGCCGGUUCCUACGGUUACAUGGCGCCGGAGUAUGCUUGUAUGCUGAAGAUCACAGAGAAGAGCGACGUCUACAGCUACGGUGUAGUACUGCUAGAAAUCAUAACCGGAAAGAAACCAGUUGAUCCAUCGUUUCCCGAUGGGCAACACGUGGUCCAAUGGGUGCGGGAUCAUCUGAAGAGCAAGAGGGACCCAGUUGAAAUUCUUGAUCCAAAGCUGCAAGGGAGGCCAGACUCCCAGAUACAAGAAAUGCUGCAGGCGUUAGGGAUCUCCCUGCUCUGCGCGAGCAACCGUCCAGAAGACCGGCCGACAAUGAAGGACGUGGCGGCACUGUUAAGGGAGAUCCGCCACGAUUCCCCAGCCGGAAGCGAAGCCCAAAAGCCCACAUGCUGUAACUCUUGGAACAAGUCGUCGGACACUCCAUCCUACUCGUCAUCGGUAUCUCCGGCGCAGAUGUUCAUUCUCCAGGAGUCAUCUCAUUGUUCACUAGCGUACUCAGCUUCGUCUGGUGGGAUUCCAUCGGGGAACCAAUGAACGAUAUGUCUGUUAGCCAAAACCCAAAAAGGGAGAAAAUGUGGGAAAAGCAAUAUAGACUGUUUUGGCCAUUGUAAAGAGUGAAGUGAAAAAGGGUUGGUUGUUUUUUGGUGACCCUGGUAACAAGACAAGAGGUACGAUCAAUUCGAGUGUAUAGCAGCAAAUUAACAUUAUUGUUCCAAUGAAUUUGUAGGGUAUCUUGCAAAUUAUAUGACCUUUUCUUUGUAUAUACAUACAUACUUCUUUUC